AUGGUCAACUUCAUCUUCUGUGUUGGUUUCUACAGCAGCGGUGUCCUCCUCAUUCUGAUGACUGCUCACCGUUACGCUGCUGUCAUGUAUCCUCGCUCUGGUUUUGUGUCCACCACGGGCUGCAAAAGCUCUCUAGCAUGUGUGGCUAUUUGGGCAGUGAGUUUGUUGGUGGCUAUUCCAGCGUUUCUUUUCACUGAGGUUCAAAACAAGCGCUGCGUGUAUGUAGAGUCUUCCUGGAGCUUGUGGGAUAUCUACCAGCAAAACAUCCUCUUCAUAGUUAGUUCAUUGGUGCUUGUCAUUUGCUAUUCUCAGAUUAGCUGCCGUCUGCUGCGUCCCACUGCCCAAAGAAGAAAGAACAAAACUUUGAAGCUUAUUUUUAUAUUAAUGGUAGUUUUUUUUGUAGGCUGGGCUCCGUACAAUAUUGUAAUAUACCUAAAGUCUAUGCGUUACCAUCCCAAACCACCUGCUGAUUCACAGACUGUUGCCGCAAACUGUAACCCAUCAGAAAAACUGGAUUACGCCUAUUUCAUCAGCCGACUUUUUGCCUUUUCGCACUGCUGCCUCAACCCGGUGUUUUAUGUGUUUGUGGGGGUUAAAUUCAGAAACCACUUGAAGAAACUGAUAAAGGGCAACAUCAGAAAAAGUAACAGCAUCCGAAGCAGGCACAGCCGACUCACAAUUACAUCGCUGACAAGUGGUGAUGAGUUCUCGAUGUAA